ACGGUUCCGUAUUGGCAGUGAACUCGUCUAAAAUUUUCUCUUUCUGUUUAAUUAAGGGAGAAAAAACGAAUAUGCCAUCGUUAUGUUCCUCGCAGACAUUCUCAGAUGCCAAUUCGCUCUGAGAAUAUCUUCUCUUUCUUUCUUUCACAUUUACAUUCAUAUAUUGCUUGCACAUGCACACUUUCUCUUCCUCUGCUCGCUUUCUCUUCAGGAUUCUGGAGCUUGUUUCUAUGGUGGUUUUGGCCCUCUCGGUUUUUUUUGUUGUUGUGAAAAUUAUUGAAAUCCAAUCUGCACAGCUUUGGACCAAGUGGAGUAAUCAGAACAAGAACAAGUCUGCUUAAUGGGCUCUGAUAAGCAAUCUGUUGGUUUACUGGACACCCUCAGAAUAGAGAGGGUUAGAACAAUUCUAACUCCAGCAUAUCCAUACCCACACGAGCAUUCCCGGCAUGCCAUAAUUGCUGUUGUUGUGGGUUGCCUGUUUUUCAUCUCAUCUGACAACAUCCAUACUCUCGUGGAGAAGUUGGACAACAAUAUUAAAUGGUGGUCUAUGUAUGGCUGUUUAUUUGGUUUCUUUUAUUUCUUUUCAUCACCAUUUAUUGGGAAGACUAUUAAACCAAGCUAUUCAAAUUUCAGUCGGUGGUACAUAGUCUGGAUUUUAGUAGCAGCUGUGUAUCAUCUUCCUAGUUUGCAGUCAAUGGGAGUGGAUAUGAGGAUGAACCUGUCUUUGUUUUUAACAAUAUAUGUGUCAUCUAUUUUAUUUCUUCUUGUAUUCCACAUUAUCUUUUAUGGCCUUUGGUACAUUGGCCUUGUUUCACGUGUGGCUGGAAAAAGACCGGAGAUCUUGACCAUUCUUCAAAAUUGUGCUGUUCUUAGUAUAGCUUGCUGUGUAUUUUAUAGUCACUGUGGCAACCGUGCUAUUUUGAAAGAGAGACCGUUUGUGCGAAAAAACUCUUUCUGGUUUUCCUUUUUUAAGAAAGAAGAGAGAAACACUUGGCUUGCAAAGUUUCUCCGUAUGAAUGAGUUGAAAGACCAGGUUUGCUCAUCUUGGUUUGCUCCGGUUGGGUCUGCGAGUGACUAUCCGCUUUUGUCCAAGUGGGUUAUCUAUGGUGAGUUAGCUUGCAAUGGCUCAUGUGCUGCGGGUUCAUCUGAUAAAAUCUCUCCCAUAUACUCAUUAUGGGCGACAUUUAUAGGCCUUUACAUUGCCAAUUACGUAGUGGAAAGGUCAACUGGGUGGGCUCUUGCUCAUCCUGUGUCAGUAAAAGAAUGUGAGAAGCUGAAGAAGAAGCAAAUGAAGCCUGAAUUUUUGGAUAUGGUUCCUUGGUAUUCGGGAACGUCUGCUGAUUUAUUCAAGACUGUUUUUGACCUACUGGUAUCAGUAACUGUCUUUCUUGGUCGCUUUGACAUGCGUAUGAUGCAGGCAGCAAUGAGCAGGGUUCAAGAUGGAGCAGAACAAGCUGAUCUUUUAUACGAUCAAUUUAGUGGAGAGGAUGAUCUAUGGUUUGACUUCAUGGCUGAUACUGGUGAUGGUGGGAACUCAUCAUAUGCUGUUGCACGGCUACUUGCUCAGCCUUCCAUUCGUCUCACUAGAGGUGAUUCUGUGCUUACCCUACCUCGUGGCAACUUGCUACUUAUUGGAGGGGAUCUAGCGUACCCUAAUCCGUCAGCUUUCACAUAUGAAAAACGCUUCUUCCGUCCUUUUGAGUAUGCUCUCCAGCCUCCUCCGUGGUAUAAGCCAGAGCAGGUAGCUGUGAACAAGCCUGAGAUACCUUGUGAAGUGCCUGAACUGAAGCAAUACGAGGGGCCUCAGUGUUUUCUUAUUCCUGGAAAUCAUGAUUGGUUUGAUGGUCUACAUACCUUUAUGAGGUAUAUAUGUCAUAAGAGCUGGUUGGGAGGGUGGUUGAUGCCUCAAAAGAAGAGUUAUUUUGCUUUGCAACUCCCUAAAAGAUGGUGGAUAUUUGGUCUUGAUCUAGCACUCCAUGGUGAUAUUGACGAAUACCAAUUCAAAUUCUUCUCGGAACUAGUAAAGCAUAAGGUUGGAGACGAGGAUUCUGUGAUCAUUAUAACACACGAACCAAGUUGGCUUCUUGAUUGGUAUUGGAAUGAUGUUACCGGGAAGAAUGUCUCGCACCUCAUAUCUGAUUAUUUGAAAGGAAGGUGCAAGCUUCGAAUGGCUGGGGACCUGCAUCACUAUAUGCGCCAUUCCUUUGUUAAAUCAGAUGGGCCUGUCCAUGUGCAAAACCUAAUUGUAAAUGGUUGUGGUGGUGCUUUUUUACAUCCCACCCAUGUCUUUAGUAAAUUUAAAAAAUUUCAUGGAGUUUCCUACGAGUGCAAGGCUGCAUAUCCUUCUUAUGAAGAUUCAAGCCGGAUUGCAUUGGGAAAUAUUUUGAAGUUUCGAAAGAAGAAUUGGCAAUUUGAUUUUAUUGGUGGCAUAAUAUACUUUAUAUUGGUCUUUUCUAUGUUCCCGCAGUGCAAGCUCGAUCACAUCUUGCAUGAGGAUUGCUUUUCAGGUCACUUGAGGAGCUUCAUUGGCACAGUAUGGAGCAAUUUUAUAUACAUGGUGGAACACUCUUAUAUAUCUCUUACAGGUGCUAUGCUAUUGCUAAUUGUGGCAAUUACAUUUGUACCGUCCAAAGUGUCACGGAAGAAGCGAGCAAUAAUCGGAGUUCUUCAUGUUUCUGCACACCUAGCUGCUGCUUUAAUUCUUAUGUUGCUGUUAGAACUGGGUGUUGAGACGUGUAUCCGGCAUAAACUACUAGCAACUUCAGGCUAUCACACUUUAUAUCAAUGGUACCGAACAGUGGAAAGUGAGCACUUUCCAGAUCCAACCGGCCUUCGAGCUCGUAUGGAACAAUGGACCCACGGCCUUUAUCCAGCAUGUAUCAAGUAUCUUAUGUCUGCAUUUGAUAUUCCUGAGGUCAUGGCCGUCACACGUAGUAACAUAUGCAAGAAUGGAAUGGUGUCGCUCUCUCGAGGGGGUGCAGUCAUAUAUUAUGCUUCGGUCUUCCUUUACUUUUGGGUCUUUUCAACUCCUGUGGUUUCCUUGGUGUUUGGAAGCUACUUAUACAUUUGCAUUAACUGGCUCCACAUUCACUUUGAUGAAGCCUUCUCUUCUCUACGAAUUGCUAAUUACAAGGCAUUCACUCGUUUCCAUAUCAAUUCUAAUGGUGAUCUUGAAGUUUUCACCCUCGCUGUUGAUAAGGUGCCAAAGGAAUGGAAGCUGGAUCCUGACUGGGAUGGGGAGCCCAAACAACCUCAGCAAUUGAGCCACCUUAGAAAGCACCCCAGCAAAUGGAGUGCAGCUAUUGCUCAGCAGGACCCACUUCAUACUGUUAAGAUUGUUGACCAAUUUGUUAUACGAAAAUCAGAUAAACCAGAUAUUGAAACAGUCAAUGGGUCAGUCAUUCGCUGAUCUGUGCUGCUCAAAUUAUAGAGUUAGCGUUGUUCUCACCAUUGAGAAAGAAAGGAGAAAAGAAAAGGGAAGACUGGAAGUUUUGUGUUCUAAUUCUGGCGUUUCCAUUUGUUACCGUAGCUUUCAAAAACGUGCCGGGUGUGCUACUAAAUCGGUCUCACAAGCGUUAUUAUCUGUUGAUUAGAUGAUCUAGCUAACUGACGACAUAGGUUACCUUAGAGAUUGUUGUAUCUUAAAGUUAGGUUACAGUCAGAUGGUCAUUUCACUGUGAUAACAAAAUGGUACAUUUCAUUUUGGUAUUUGGCCUGCCUCCAGUAAUUAAAUAACUAGAGAUAUCCCGUGGUUGAAAUAGACGGUUUGGACUGCAAGACGAAUCUUAGCGUUUACCAUUGUUAGUGAGUUCUUCUCCAAUCUUGCGAUGAGAUCUUCAGUUUCAGUUAUUUAGUCACUGGAGGUAAGCCAAAUCCGUUAAUACUUUUACAGUAUAUAGACUUCUAAGGUAUUUUCACUUGCAACUGGACAUAAAUAUGGUUCCAGUUGCUCUGCAA